AUGACCACAUCCUCUUCACGGGAUGUUCCUUCAAACAUGCAAGAAAAUACGCACCAGCCGCUGACAAGCACGUCCACGUCAGAAGAACACAAAGAAGCGCCUGUCCAGCAUGCGGCGCCGCAACAAGAGGAGGAUGAUGAGCCCCGCAAGUGCUGGAUCUGCUUCAACGACGAGACAGAGGACGACGAAACAACAUCAGAGUGGCGCAACCCCUGUGCCUGCUCCUUGGUUGCACACGAGAAGUGUCUCCUCGACUGGAUAGCAGAUAUGGAGGCGCCCAAUUCGCGGCGGCGCGCGGGCACAACGGCGAAUAAGAUAUUGUGUCCACAGUGCAAGAGCGAGAUCAAAGUGCAGCGGCCGAAGAGCUAUGUCGUGGAUGCUGUAAGGCGCGUGGAGCGCGUAGUCAGCAACCUGACGCUUCCUGGAUUUGCUUUGUUCACCAGCACAGCGCUAUACUCGACUUUGACGCUGUCUGGCACAGCGACAAUAUACCAGAUAUUCGGUACAGAGGAUGCCCUGCAAAUCCUCGGCCCCCUUUACGAGACGCCAAACCGGAACGUCAAUUCAGUCCUUAUGCAAUGGCUUGAGCACCUGCGACAACACUGGAGGCUGGAUCUCGGGUUACCUCUGAUACCCACGGUACUGGUCGCCAGCAGAACAACAUUCGCAGACUCGUUCUUGCCCUUUCUUCCACUCAUAUUCUUCGUCAGCUCAGGUCAUCCAGGCGAUGAGAUGCUCCAGCUACAGUGGCCGCCAAGCGCCGCCUUCUCCUUUGCCGCACUACCAUACAUUCGAGGUUUCUAUAAUGCAUACUACGAGCGCGUAUGGCUGCCACGGGAACAGCAGUGGCUUAGGGAGAUACAGCCCCGCGCAGGCGAGAAUGCCGACGCCGAGAUGCAAAACCAAGCCCAGCACAACCAUGCACACGAUGAGGGCGAUGCUGUGGAGGACGUAGAAAUUGAGCUAGACUUUGACAUCUUUGCCGACUGGAAUGACGGCGACGAUGCAGACAACAACGACGCACCUGCAGCCAACGCACCCCAAGAAGAGGGCAAUCGGGAGAACAAUCCACCAGCUCAGCGCCCUCGCAACGUCCGACGCGAACGCGGUGUCACCUUCUCUACCACCUCCCUCUCAGACACCAUCCUCGGGGCCCUCAUCUUCCCCACCAUUGCAGCCGCCAUAGGCGAACUCCUACGCCAAACUCUCCCUGCUUCCUGGGUCAACCCCCCAUCUGGCUCUCCGGCCCCAACGGGACUUCUGCAAACGCGCUGGGGCAGGAGUAUUGUUGGCGGAUGUCUUUUUGUUGGACUCAAGGAUGCGGUUAUGCUGUAUGUCAGGUGGAGAACUGCCCAGAACCAUCGUAAGAGGGGGAUUGUAGAUUAUGAGGGUGGAAAGAGCAGAAGGGGUGUGAAGGCGAGGUAAUGAUAUAGGGUUCAUGGGUUGCGACGGAUGUGGGUUUCCUGUCUUGUAUUAUAGGCUUCAACGCAAUUCAAUUGGUUCUUCUGA